AUGGCUCGCCAACAAACAGUCUCUCCAGAGACGCCAAUGCCAAAGGGCUACGGAUUUCUCAGAAAAGGCAAUCCUUUCAUGACGGGGCUCUGUCGCCGAAAAACUCUAGAUGCCAGAAAGACAUUAUACGUUGUGAUGAACCAAGGCAAACAAGAAGGGUUACGAGCACCAAGGUGGAUUCUGCACCAGGUCUUCUCAGAAGAGAAAGCAACUCGAGAGAGAAGACGCGGCGCUGUUGAGAGACGAGAUGCAGCAGCCGAGGACGCGUUUGCAACGACCAUCAAGAGGCUUUUUGCAAAGAUACCAGAACAGGAUUUGAACACAAUCUUGAGGCAUGCCCUUAAGAAGCGAAGCGGCAGGGUCGGUCGUACAGGAAAAUUAGACCUGGACAAGAAAGCAUACCUAGCAGUUCAAGCGCAUAUUCGCCACCGCCAUACGGACUAUGAUAAAAUCACCAAGGCGUCAAAAGACCGAGACGCCGCCAGAGACGCUACCCGAGAGGAAGUUUCGAAGGUUUUAGUCGAAUGG